CCUUGCGAUCUUCAGAUGGAGGGCAGUAUACAGCCCAGUUUGAAGUGAUGUGCUGCCAGGUGCCUUGGAGAUUAUAACGUCAAAAGGAAGGAGAUGAAACCUUCGCGGUGCAUCACCGUGGCUACCGCUUUGCUGAGUCUGGUUGCCCUCAAAGCCUACAUUGAGUGGAGUGUGGAGGAGGCCGAGAGGGUCCCGACCCCUCACGGGGGGCACGGCGUCACGACCGUGGCCCAGCCCUCCAAGGACGACUUGCCGGCCUUCACCCUGCAGCGCUUCAACGCCUCCUUGCACCAGCUGCGCCAGAGCAUCCCGCGGACAAACGCCUACUGGAACGAAAAGCAGCACCAGAUCUUCCAGGACUUGGAGGAAGGGCUGGUGAACACGUCAUGGAACGAAUGUUCCGCCGGGCCCGAGGCAGCAAGCCGGGUGGCCAAAAUCAGCGACUUCAGCUCCUAUCCGGACCUUUACAGGAACUUCCUCCUCUACGACGAAUGCCGGAACUUCUCUCUCUUGAUCAACGAAGCGGGGAAAUGCUCCGGCACCAAGAACCGCACUUUCCUGCUCUUGGCUAUCAAAUCUCUGCCGGGGAAUUUUGCCGCCCGCCAGGCCGUGCGGGACACGUGGGGGCGCGAGGGCGAACCCGGAGGGUUGCCCGUCCGCACCGUCUUCUUGCUGGGCACGGCCCAGAGCCGCUUCGGGCCUCGGCUCCAGCGCCUGGUGGAGUACGAGAGCCGGAGCUACGGCGACAUCUUGAUGUGGGACUUUGAGGACACCUUCUUCAACUUGACUCUGAAGGACUUCCUCUUCCUCAGCUGGACCGCGGAGUACUGCCGGGACGUGCGCUACGUCCUCAAGGGGGACGACGACGUCUUCAUCAACACGCCCAAGGUCUUGGAGUACCUGGGGUCCCUAGACGCCAACAAGAUGCUCUACACGGGCCAAGUGAUGGCCAACGCUUCGCCGUUCCGCGUCCGCCGGAGCAAAUACUACGUCCCCGAGUCGUAUUACAUGGGGCCUUACCCGUCCUACGCGGGUGGCGGGGGGUACAUCUUCUCGGGGCCGCUAGCCCGGUGGCUCCACCUCAUCUCCCGACACAUUGCGUUCUACCCGAUCGACGACGUUUACACGGGGCUUUGCUUCCAAGCUCUGGGCAUCCGCCCCGAAGCACACCCGGGCUUCCUGACCUUUGACAUUGCGGAGAAGGACCGCAGCGACCCGUGCGUCCACAGCAGGCUGCUGCUGGUCCACCGCCGCAGCCCCCAACAGACCCUCCAGCUGUGGAAGCAGAUCACAGACCCCAACCUCAGCUGCUGAACGAUGGGAGUCAGGAACAACGGGUUCGAGACGCUUCCUGUUGAGCGCUGAAGGCAGGCGGAGGCAGGUGUGGCGCAGCCUUUUGUGUCUCUGUCGAACACGAGGACCUCCUGUAUGCAGUUAAGGGAGGGGAAAGACUUCCUUGAAAAGUUUGUGUGUGGAGAAAGGGCAGUUCCGAGUGGUGGCGCCAUGCCACUGCCUUCCUAUUCUGCUUGGGCACUUCCUAGAGGCAGGGGCCUGGCCACAGCCAGAAACCAAAUACUGGAUCAGAGGGGCACUGGACCCUCUUCACUAGGCCUCUCCGUAGGUUUCUGUUUUAUGUCUGCUCUGGGGUGGCAGCAUGGAGAGGGGAGAGGUUGGCAGCUGGCACAGUGGGCAGCCCUGCAGAAAGCAGAGGACCAGAGGGGCAUUUUUCUGAGUUGUUCGGAAAGGGUGGUGUAUCAGUGGCAGAGGACACGUCUGACUGCGUCAAGGCCCACCUUCAGUCUCUUUGCCGGGGGGGGAGGGCGGCCUUUACUGCCAGAGGGCCACAUUCUCUUCCGUGCCAUCUUCUGAGGGGCCGCAU